AUGUCCAAACCAAGUGCGAGAAAUUCCAAAGUUUGUUGUGAUCGUUACAGAAAACAUUUCAAUGGCCUCAACAGCUGUGAUAGAAGUUUUAAAAAAGUUAAAAGAGUUGUUAUUUCUAAGAAAAAUAUUUGCGGUUCACUAAGAGAAGAUGAAACUUGUUCUAUGGGUUCCUUAUGUCACCACAAUGAAAAUAAAGUACACAAAAAUACGACUAAGUCUGACAUGGCGUUUAUUGAAAGAUACUCAUGUAAAAAGAUAGUAGAUUGUUGUAAAAAAUGUGGUGACACGAUCUCUGAUGCCAACAUUGCAAAUAAUGAAAACAAAGUCAACAAACAGGAUUAUGGACAAAACUCAAAAAUAGUAAAAGAAGGAAUGAAGACUUCAACAUAUAAAAAUAUUAAGGACAAGAACCACAUUUACCAAUUCUAUAAAAAUGAACAAUUUCAUGAGUCCUCCGACUCCUUUUAUCCUGCUGAGCAAACUAAAUGUUCAUCUUUAAAACCAAUUAUUGAACAUUCCGAGAAGAGUUGCAGUGCACAUACUGUUUUUAAGAUUUCUUCUAAUGAUUGUGAGAGCGAAGUUGAUUUUAUAGACCCAGAUAAUAUUGAUAAUAUACAAAAAUUAAAACAAUUUAGAAAUAACAACUAUUUUGAAUGUCACUCUGCUAAAUCAAGAAUAAGCUCCAAAGACAAUGGUGGAGUUCUUAAUCAUAAAUGCAUAUAUAGAUUUUAUUUGAAUGAUAGAUUAUUCCCCGUACCUGUAUACAGCGACCAUCAUGACAAUGUACGUUGUAUGGAAUGUCAGUUGCCAUUAAAAAUAAAAGAUGAACAAAAUUCUGUUAAUGGCACCAUACAAGCUAAAGUGAAAUUAAACAAUGAAGUUCAAGACAUGAUGCUUAUGUUACCUGUGAAAAAUUCUUUAAUAAUACAAGAGAGGAGAAAAGAUGUAAAAAAAGAGGAAGACAGCCUCUGUUUCGGUAUAAUAAAACUAAAUUUAAAUGGAGACUCUAUAUUUAAUAGGAAUAAACCUGACAAUUCUUUGGCCCUGAGAUACCAGAAGGGUUAUGAAGAACAUUCUAGAAGAAAGGAAUAUAAUUAUCAAAGCCUUAUGAAUGAUGAUGUCAUUAUAAUUUAG